AUUACAUUCGUUUGUUUUGCUUGCACUCUUUGCGUUCUGUGGGUUCUUCGCUUUCUCUCUACCCUCCAACGCAUAAAUAUAACACUUGACCGAUCUCAAAUGCAGAAUGCUGAGAGACAACAAAGAUGUGUGAUGGGUGAUGGGUGUAAUUGUAUGGACAUGUCAGUUCGAUAUCAUCUAUAACCUCUCUAUGAUAUUCUUGAGAAGAAUGAUAGAAUAACAUUAGAGACGUCAAUUUUUUUUAACCUUAAUGAAUUAAAAUGUGGAAACAGUCCAAAUUGUUGUACAAUAGAUGCGCGUCGCAGAAAAGCAGAGUUUUAUCGUAUAAUCAUAAAACGGCGAAAGUAAUUACGAAACUCGCCAAUAUAACAUCGGAAAACUCGGAGUAUGUACUUCCUAAAGAAGCACGAGUUGUCAUAUGUGGAGGUGGAGUUAUGGGUGGUGCUGUGGCAUACUAUUUAUCUCUUUUAGGAUUAGGACCAGAGACUGUUUUAGUGGAAAGUGGCAGAUUGGGAGGUGGAACAACAUGGCACACAUCAGGAUUAGUAGGAGCCUUCAAGCCUAGUCUAGCACAAGUAAAACUUGCUCAAGAUAGUAUUGCUCUAUAUAAGGAAUUGGAGAAAAAAGGCCUCUCGACAGGUUGGAAGCAAUGCGGCAGUCUUUCUUUGGCACGUACGAGAGAUCGUAUGAUCUCGUUCAGGAGAAUGAAGGCACAAUCUGUAUCACGCAAUAUCGAGUGUCACUUGGUUUCCCCGGAAGAAAUUCAGGAUCUAUGUCCAUUGUUGCACAUUGACGAUCUAAUUGGAGGAUUAUGGAUUCCGGAAGAUGGUGUCGGUGAUCCAUAUCAGAUUUGUUUGACACUGAUCCAAGAAGCAAAACAAAGAGGUGUUACAGUAUCCGAGAAUUGUGCAGUCACCAAAGUUAUUAAUCAAAGUGGCCAAGUAAAAGCAGUGGAGACAACACACGGUGCCAUUGCAUGCCAACAUUUUGUAAAUUGUGCUGGAUUUUGGGCACGGAAUGUGGGUAAACUAAGCGAGCCAUAUGUAAAGGUACCUCUUCAUCCAGUAGAACAUUAUUAUUUACACACUAAACCUAUUGCUAAUUUAGAUCCAAUGACACCGGUUAUACGUGACUUGGACGGAUAUGUUUAUUUUCGAGAAAACAACGGCCGAUUGUUAGCCGGUGGCUUCGAGCCAGUCGCAAAACCAGCAUUUGAGGAUGGCGUGAUUCCCGAAAGCACAGACAAGCGAUUUUUACCAGAAGAUUGGGAUCACUUUCAUAUUUUGCUGGAACAAAUGUUACAUCGAAUUCCUAGCUUGGGAAAUGCAGUCUUGGAGAAACUCUGCAACGGGCCCGAAGCGUUUUCCCCAGAUUGCAGAUGGAUCGUAGGAGAGGCUCCGGAAAUACGUAAUUAUUACAUCGCUGCCGGAAUGAAAACAGUUGGAAUAUCCGCUGCCGGCGGAGUCGGUCGUGCUACGGCGGAAUUGAUAGUCAAUGGAUCAACUUCGUUAGAUAUGUACGAAUUAGAUGUCUCGCGUUUCCUCGGAUUGCAUAACAAUCGCAAGUUUCUACGAGAUCGAGUGCGAGAGGUGCCCGGGAUGCAUUACGCGCUGCAGUAUCCGCAUCUCGAAUUCAAAACCGGAAGAAAUCUCAGGAUGUCGCCAAUUUAUCCAAAACUUAGAGAUGCGGGCGCCGUUUUCGGUCAAGUCAUGGGUUAUGAGAGACCGUCCUGGUUCCAAUCGGACGACGACUGUGAUCUGGAAUUCCCCGACGGUUUUCAAAGAUAUAAGAUAGCUUACACGAAUACCUUCGGUAAACCACCUUGGUUCGAUGCAGUCGCGCAAGAAUACGCUGCUUGCAGAGAAGCGAUCGGUCUGAGUGAUUAUUCCUCCUUCACGAAGAUCGACUUAUGGUCAAACAACAUGGAAGUUGUGGAUCUGUUGCAGUACUUAUGUUCGAAUGACGUUGAUGUACCCGUAGGAAGUAUUAUCCAUACUGGUAUGCAGAAUUAUCAGGGCGGUUAUGAAAAUGAUUGUAGUUUAGCGCGAAUCGCACCGAAUCAUUACAUGAUGAUCGCCCCCACUAUUCAACAAACACGUUGCAAAAACUGGAUUCAUCGGCAUUUGCCGGCGGACGGUUCUGUUGCUGUAUCUGAUGUUACAUCGGCAUACACUGCAAUUUGCAUAAUGGGACCGGCUACCAGAAAACUGUUAACCGAAUUGACAGACGUAGAUUUAAAUCCAAAAAACUUUCCGUUCUUUACAUUUAAGGAAUUGGAUGUUGGACUUGCCAAUGGCAUUCGUACGAUGAAUCUAACGCAUACUGGAGAACUUGGCUACGUUCUGUAUAUUCCAAACGAAUUUGCCCUGCAUGUUUAUACAAGACUUAUAGAAGCCGGGGCGAAGUACGGGGUGAAACACGCUGGUUAUUACGCGACGAGGGCUUUACGCGUCGAAAAGUUUUACGCAUUUUGGGGGCAAGACUUGGAUACCUUUACCACUCCUUUGGAAUGUGGAAGAUCAUGGAGGGUGAAAUUCGAUAAAGAAGUCGAUUUUAUCGGCAGAGACGCUCUUCUGAGGCAGCGCGAGCAAGGAGUCAAGCGUAAAUAUGUACAAUUAUUAUUGAACGAUCACGAUCCCGAAUUUGAUACUUGGAGCUGGGGCGGUGAGCCUAUUUAUCGAAACGGAAAAUAUUGCGGAAUGACAACUACCACGGGUUACGGAUUCACCUUUAAAAAACAAGUAUGUCUUGGAUUCGUACAAAAUUUAGACUCGAAAGAUCAGCCGCAAGAAGUGACGAACGAAUACGUAUUAUCGGGUGAUUACGAGGUGAACGUCGCGGGCAUCAUGUAUCCCGCAAAGUGUCACUUGCACAGUCCGAAUUUACCGACCAAGUUCCCUGAUAGAGAGAGAGACGCUUAUCACGCUACGCGCGAUCAGCAGUCUUUAUAAUUCGAAUGAUAAACGUUUCAAAUAUGUGUACAAACGGUAUAUAUAGCAAAAGAUUUAAUAAAAUUGUUUAAUAUAAUGCGAGUAAUCGCUCGUGAAAAUCACUACAUGAAGAGAUCUAAAAAUCACAAUAAAGAUUCUUCGGGACAAAGGAUCAUGUAAAUAAAUUACAUUGGAUCCGUUA